GCUGUGCAUGCUGCUUGGGUGGCGCCGGUUGGAGACUUCAGACGUGCUAUACUUGGGCCCAGGGGUCUUAGACUGUUCCAGGUCUAGAAAUGUCUAAUGCAAGAGAAAAGAAACAUGCCAAGAAAAUGAGAAACCAACCAACCAAUGUGACCUUGUCUUCAGGUUUUGGAAUUACUGAUGAGAAAGGAGUAAAGCAUCAUAAUGGAAAUGAAAAAUCUUUCCAUUAUCAAAAACAAGAGCCCCAUGCUGGAGCUCCACAGCAUCAGCAGCCAAAAUUGACACAUGUAUCUUCUGAACCUUGUAUGAAUGAACAGCCUUCCAAGGGUCAUUGCAAAGGAGAAAAGGGCAAAGGACAAGCAGGAUGGAGAGGAGGGCACCAAGGUGCUGCUCGGGAAAUCCCUAAAUAUAUAACUGCAUCUACUUUUGCACAGGCCCGAGCUGCUGAAAUUAAUGCCAUGUUGAAGGCAGUGACCCAGAAAUCUUCUAAUUCACUAGUGUUCCAGACUCUUCCCCGACAUAUGAGAAGGAGGGCUAUGAGUCAUAAUGUGAAACGCCUUCCCAGACGGCUGCGCGAGAUUGCUCAGAAAGAGGCAGAGAAAACAGAGCAUCAGAAGAAGGAACAUUCAAAAAAUAAAUGCCGCAAGGCUCGGAGAUGCCACUUAAACUUGCUCUUGGAAUUUAACCGGAGACAAAAAAAGAAUGUAUGGUUAGAAACACACAUUUGGCAUGCCAAAAGAUUCCAUAUGGUGAAGAAAUGGGGAUACUGUAUAGGAGAGAGUCCCACAGUUAAGAGCUAUCGAGCCUCCUAUAGAGCAAUGACAAACCAUUGCCUGCUUCAGGAUUUAUCAUACUACUGUUGUCUGGAGUUAAAUGGCAAAGAGGAAGAAAUACUAAAAGCACUCUCUCGAAUGUGUAGCAUAGAUACAGGACUCACUUUUGCAGCAGUUCAUUGUUUGUCUGGAAAACGGCAAGGCUCUUUAGUCCUUUAUCGGGCUGAUAAAUAUCCUGAAGAAAUGCUUGGUCCCAUUACAUUUAUUUGGAAAUCUGAGGAUGGCACUAUUACUACUUCUAUAAAUAGAAAACUGUGGUUAUGGACACAUCCAACCCUCAAACAGGACAUAUUAACUGAACUAAAAGCAGUAUGUCAGUGUGUACCACUUCCAGAAGUAGCUACUUCUAUCCCUGAAGUAGUUUUGACACCACCUAAAGAGAAAAGCCACAUUGAGCAGACGAAGAACUGCAGGAAAAGAAAGAGAGAUGAUGGAGAGAAAAAUGCUAAUAACCCAGUGAAAAAAAUUGUGGGUGAUGGGACUAGAAAUCCAUUUCAGCCAUAUUCUUGGACAUCUCCAACUACUGGCAUUGUGAUCAGUGAUUUGACAAUGGAGAUGAAUAGAUAUCGACUGAUUGGUCCACUAUCUCACAGUAUUCUUACUGAGGCCCUGAAAAUUGCUUCUGUCUAUACUGGAGUAGGAGAUGCAGAGACAUUACCUCACAGUUGGUGGAUUGACACUUGUAAGAAUCCUGAUAAAGUAGCUGUCCAUCAUCAUCAAGAAGCCAUUUUUGAAUUAUUGGGAGGAAUAGCAUCUCCAGCAGAAAUUCCAGCAGGUACUAUCCUGGGUCUGACAGUUGGAGAUCCUCGAGUAAAUUUACCUCAGAAGAAGUCCAAGGCUUUGCCCAAUCUAGAAAAAUGCCAAGAUAAUGAAAAAGUUAGACAAUUGCGCCUGGAGGGUGUGCCUGUGGAGUGUUCUCAUAGUUUUAUCUGGAACCAGGAUAUAUGUAAGAGUGUCACAGAGAAUAAAAUCUCAGAAAAGGAGCUAAACCAGAUGAGAAGUGAAUUGAUGGUGCCUGGGUCACAGCUUAAUUUAGGCCACCGUGAAUCCAAGAUACCUAUACUAUUGAUCCAACAACCAGGGAAAGUAACUGGUGAAGAUCGACUAGGAUGGGGAAGUGGCUGGGAUAUCUUAAUCCCAAAAGGUUGGGGAAUGGCUUUCUGGAUUCCAUUUAUCUAUCGUGGUGCAAGAGUUGGAGGAUUAAAAGAAGGUCUCAUACACUCUCGGUAUAAGGGAGCACCCAGCAUCCCUGAUGAUUACCCAGACUGCCCUGCUGGAAUUUUGUUUGCCACAGAACAAGAAAACAAUCUUCUGGAAAAAUACAAAAGACACCCACCUGCAAAGAGGCCCAACUAUGUCAAACAUGGUACUUUGUCACCUUUCCGAUGUCCUUGGGAACAGUUAACUCGAGAUUGGGAAUCCAGAAUUAAGGCUCAAGAGGGAUCACCUGUGUCUCCUUGUUCAUCGGCCACUGGCAAGAGUGACACUGGAAAAGAAGACUUUUGUGUUGUGGAGGGUGAUCAGGUGCCACAGCUGACUUGUGAAACUGAGGCUUUGCAAGACAACCCCGGGGAGCCAGAAGAGAUGAUGGACACAGAUUCCCAAGGUGCUACAAUAGCAAGAGACACAACAGAUGAAGAUAUAUGUGGAAAAAAUGGUGGUAGAGCAAAGAGCACCUUCAAUGUUCUUAGGAAUAGGAAAUUAUUGAAGUGCUUAUCAGCCUGGUGUCAGCCUGUUGGUAGAAGAAAUCAAGCAGCCCUCAGAGCUUCCAGGAUGCAUCAGCAGGAGCUGACGAGAGCUACCUGCUUGUCCAUCUUAUGUAGCUAUCCAAGAUCCCUGGUGUGGGUCAGCCUCUCUUUGCUCAGAAAGGGAAAUCCAGAGUUGCAUACCAUGAUUUGCAUCCCAUCAAAAGAGGAUUUCCUGCAUCUAAAUGAAGACCGGCUUUAUUGUGGCCCCCAAGAGUCCAAACACAGUGACCCAUUCAAGGCUAAGGCACGGAAACAAAAAGAAAAGAAGAAAACAGAGAAGGGUCAGAAACAAGAAAGAGGCGCUGCUGGAGAGAGUCACUGCACCAGGGGGUGUGCAGAGGUAAUUCCUGGCUUGUGGCCGCAUCCUCUCCCCGAUGUCACUGACCACUGUUCCCGGACCCUCCUUGGAUUUGUUACACAAGGAGAUUUCUCACUGGCUGCUGGCUGUGGAAGGGCUUUAGGGUUUGUUAGUUUGACUGGCCUGUUAGAGAUGCUCUCAAGUCAGCCGGCUGACAAGAGGGGGCUAGUUUUAUUGAGAACACCAGCAUCUCUUCAGUAUCGAUUUGCUAGUAUAAUUAUUGAUAUAUAAAUGCCAUUUUCUAUGACAACGAAG